UCCAAGAUAUGGCUUUGAAAUGCUUGCUCAGCUAAUACCUAGACUUCCUCUUGAUUCAGACUUAAAGACUCGCAAACUGCUAGCAUUCUGUAAUACUCAUGGAUUGCAAGAUACCAAGCGUCAACUCCAUUCAAUUCUUGCUCGCAAGGCACUAUCUGGAAAGCGUAUUGGAGAGGCCAUUUCUCAUUAUAUCGAAGCUGGUCAGGAUCGUACUGCUACUGCAAUAUGCAAUCGGCUUCUAGUCCAGUUUUUUGAUCAACCGGGAAAUUCCAACUCAUUUUGCUCAGUGAUGGAUACUCUCAACCCAGCUCUUUUCCAUCGCAACGAGCGACUUGCAUUUCUAUCCAAAUACCGCGAAUUUCAUCAUCUUUACACUGAAAAAGAGUUUCAUUCGGCAGGAAAGCUUUUAGUUAUGCUUCUUACAAGCAACUCUGCACCCAAAUCUGUUUGGCGUCAUUUACUGUUGGAUGCACUACCAUUGUUGGAGGGUGAAGCUGUGGUGUUUUCCACGCAGGAUACGUUUGAACUCAUGCGAUGUUUGGAGGAGGUGGUUGUGCGGGAUCGACGUGAUCCCCUUCAAACUGUCUCACAAGUGAAUGUGUCUGUACGUGCAGGCGAGAAUUUUAAGAGUGAUGCUACAAAUAAUGUCCUUUGUCUUGCACUUUCUCGUAAUCUUGCUCGGUCCAUGCUAACUAACUAAAGUGGAAAUACAUGAUUCAAGAUUUACUCC